CGACCAUAUGUAGAAGCUUUCCCACCUCUUUCUAGACUCUAGGGAAAGACAUUUUUGCUGCUUUUGAGAAAUGGGUUGGUGUUGUUUCUUGUGAUUGUUUGGUGGGAAAAGCUUAAGAAGUAGGGGAAGAAGAAGAAGAAGAAGAAGAAGAAGAGAAGUAGAGAUGAGGAUGGAGGAGGGUGCUGAGAAGCCCAUAGAGGUGAGGGCUCUGGAGGCUCUUGGGCAGGGGUUUGAUCUGAGCAGUGAUUUCAGGUUGAAGUUUGCAAAAGGUUUGGAUGGGAGUAAAGGGAGGUUGGUGGUUUUGAAUGAGGAGAGUAAGAGGGACAUUGUCAUUCCUAGUGGUAGUGGUGGGGGUGUUGUCAUUCAUGGUGUUCCUCAGGAUAUUCAUUGUGAUAAAGGGGAUCGAAUCCGCUUCAAAUCCGAUGUUCUUGAAUUCAAUCAGAUGUCUGAGCUACUUAAUCAGAAAUCUUCAGUUCAAGGGAAAAUUCCUUCAGGAUAUCUGAAUUCCAUUUUUGAUUUAACUGGAGACUGGCUUCAAGAUAUCGCAGAAACAAAAUAUCUUGCUUUUGAUGGUUUCUUCAUUUCAUUGUACAAUUUGCACCUAACAGCAUCUCCACUAAUCUUGCGAAACAAAGUACAGAAAUCUGUUCCAGCUCGUUGGGAUCCAGCUGCAUUGUCGAGGUUCAUCCGUUCAUAUGGGACACACAUAAUAGUUGGGAUGGCAGUUGGAGGUCAAGAUUUACUUUGUGUUAGGCAGAAAUCUUCCUCACCAGUUCCUCCCGCUGAUCUCAGAAGACACCUAGAGGAUCUUGGAGAUUUUCUAUUUUCAGAUGGACCUUCUUUACUACGGGGAAAAACAAGAAAUGGAAAACAAAAUAUUCCGGAGGUGUUUGAUCGUAUUUUGCAGUCCAACACCAUGCAUUUAACCACUAUUUCCGAAACGUCAAGCAAGGAUGGCCUUACAGUCGUUUGCUCAAAAAGAGGAGGUGAUGUGUACUUGAAUAGUCACUCCAAUUGGCUCCAGACGGUCCUUGCUGAACCAGACGCAAUCCUCUUUAAGUUUGUACCCAUUACUUCUCUUCUUACUGGUCUUCCAGGCAGUGGCUAUCUCAGUCAUGCAAUCAACUUGUAUCUACGUUAUAAGCCUGAUGCAGAGGAUUUACAACAUUUCUUGGAGUUCCAAGUUCCUAGGCAGUGGGCACCAAUGUUUUGUGAGCUUCCUCUUUCACAUCAAAGGAAAAGGGCUUCUUGUCCUUCCUUGCAAUUCAGUUUCAUGGGCCCUAAGAUCUUCGUUAGCUCUAUGCAGGUAUCAACCAAUCAAAAACCAGUUGUUGGCCUACGCCUGUAUUUAGAAGGAAAAAAGUGCAAUAGGUUGGCCAUUCAUGUGCAGCAUCUCUCAAGCCUUCCAAAUACUAUGGAUCUUUCCUUGGCUAACACAAGCACAACAAGACCAAGCCGGUGGCGAGGUUCUGAUGAUUGUGAGUCGAGUGGCGAAUUCUUAGAGCCAAUUAAAUGGAAAAGAUACUCAAGUAUCUGUUCAUCUGUAGUUGGACAUGACCCCAACUGGUUGAAGGGAGAUCCAAGUGGUGUGUAUAUUGUAACCGGUGCACAGCUACUAAGCAAAGGAAAAUGGCCAAAGACGAUACUUCACCUUCGUCUGCAUUAUACCUUCCUACCCAAUUGUGCAAUCCGGAAGACUGAAUGGGCUGAGUCGCCAGAGCCUUCUCACAAAUCAACAUUCCUUACGAAUCUCAGCACCACCUUUACGUUCACUCAAAGGACAGCGACUGAUCAGCAAAAGCAGGAUCCAGCUGCACUUAAUUCAGGUGUAUAUCCAGAAGGCCCCCCAGUGCUAAAUCGAUCUUCUAAGCUGCUUAAAUUUGUGGACACGGCUGAGGUGGUACGAGGGCCACAUGAUGCUCCGGGGCAUUGGUUGGUAACAGCUGCUAAGCUAGUUAAAGAAGGACGUAGAAUUGGUCUGCAUGUAAAGUUUGCCUUGUUAGACUAUUGGUGAAUCGCAGUUUCAUUGUACAUACGCAGUGGAAUGGAAUACGGAGCGGAGGUAAUAGUAGUAAUUUGUUUGUUCAUUUGUUCAUUUAAAGUUUUUGUAAAAUUGAUAAUCUUAUAAGAAUAGAUGGAGUGGCUGUAGGGUAUAGCAAUCUAAGGAUUACAUAAUUACUGGAUGAUUAAUUAGCGUAGUGCUAAUACAUAUAUAUAUAUACCAAAUAUUGACUGACGUG